AUGGAUCCUGCCAUCCAGCUGAGUCUCCGUGACAGCCAUUUUAGGGCCCGGAUCCUUAAACCUAUACUUCGUGCAUACGCUUUAGGAUAUCUCUCCGCGGUCACUCCCAAACUCGUCUCUUACGCCCGGCGAUUCGGAAGGAGAGACUGGGACACAUCUCAAAAACUUCGCGAGCUGAUCCAUGUUCUGGCUGGGCCUCUGCGUGCCCACAGUUUCCCAACGUUUUGCGCUGCCUUGGUCGGAGGCUCAACUUUCCUCCCGGUGCUGUUGUAUCGGGUCUGUGUCUCGUUCGUAGCUCGUCACGCAAAGGGUGACAUCCGACUGUCCCUGCGCCUGCGUCGUUUGAUCCAGUUCGUCACGGCAUUCCUCUCGGCAUGGUUCAGCUUCCAACUCUUGAAUAAGACCCGGGGCAUUUCACAGAAUCAUAACGACGCCAAAGCGUCCGCUGGCCAAGAUGAUGCGCCGGCCAAUGCCCUCGAGCGGCCUCUACGCCCAGAGCUGGUCGGGAGGACAAUGGACCUCACUCUUUUCACGGUCACAAGGGCUAUAGACGUGAUUUCCUGCAUAGCAUGGAGUCGUUGGCGCAAUCAUCGCAAAUCACAGAACCGAUGGACUUAUGUGGAAUCCCUGGCCCCUGGACUGGCAGACGCUGGGGCUUUUGCAACCAGUGCAGCUAUAGUCAUGUGGGCAUGGUUUUAUUUACCGGAAAGAUUGCCACGGACGUACGAGAAAUGGAUUGGGGAGGUGGCCAAGGUCGACUCCCGCUUGAUCGAGGCUCUACGCCGUGCUCGUCGAGGGGUCUUUGUAUACGGCAAGGAUACAGGCCAAGCGCCUCUUCUGGAAGCGAUGUGCAGAGACUACAAUUGGCCUGAGGAAUGGGGAGACCCAGCCAAGACAGUCCCGAUUCCGUGCGAAAUGGUACACAUGGACUGCGGUCCCAGUUGCGAGCUGCACGCGGUGUUCCGCUUUGCCAGAACCUUCAAAUUUGCCUGUGCAACCUACAUCCCAUUGCAGAUAGUUCUACGUUUACGGGGGAUGAAGAGCCCUGCCGUCCUCACUCGGGCCAUAUCUGAUGCCGCCCAGUCAUCGGCCUUCCUGGCCUCCUUUGUGAGUCUUUUCUAUUAUGGCGUGUGCCUAGCCCGCACUCGAAUUGGCCCCAAGGUGUUCGACCAGAAAACUAUCACUCCACUCAUGUGGGAUUCCGGACUCUGUGUCGGGGCAGGGUGCCUCAUGUGUGGUUGGAGCGUCCUGGUUGAAAAGGCGCGGAAGCGUCAAGAGCUGGCUCUAUUCGUGGCACCCCGGGCAGCAGCCACAGUGUUGCCACGGUUGUAUGAUAAAAAGUACCAGUACCGCGAACGCAUCGCCUUUGCCAUAAGUGCUGCUAUUCUCCUGACCUGUCUUCGUGAAAGGCCAAGCAUGGUCCGAGGAGUUUUCGGACGGCGGUGUUCUCCGACAGGGAACAUUCCGCAACGGCCUACGUAUAUUCACAAGGGACUUUUCCAUGCAGAAAGGAGGUACUUCUCAAGGAAUUCCUUCCUUCAAGAACGCCGCCAUGCCUCCGCAGCACCGUUUAACACGCCGCAAUCGCAGCAGCGCAACACCUCUACCAUGUAUUAUACCAUUAGUCUCAUCCUCGGAACCGUCGCGCUUGCCUAUGGAUCGGUUCCCCUCUACAAAAUGAUUUGCCAGCAAACCGGCUGGGGCGGCCAGCCCAUCCUCACCCAUCGUACCGGAGACGGCGAUACUGCCUCGCGCGUGACUCCCGUUACAGACUCCCGCCGCCUCCGCAUUACCUUUAACGGAUCCGUUUCCGACGUGCUGCCUUGGAAGUUUACCCCACAGCAAAGAGAAGUGCGAGUGUUGCCUGGCGAGACCGCCUUGGCCUUCUACACGGCUACAAACAAAGGCCCGAAUGAUAUCAUUGGAGUCGCUACGUACAGCGUGACUCCGGGCCAAGUGGCGCCUUAUUUCAGCAAGAUUCAAUGUUUCUGCUUCGAAGAACAGAAGCUCAAUGCUGGAGAAUCCGUGGAUAUGCCUGUUUUCUUCUACAUCGAUCCGGACUUUGCUACGGACCCGAACAUGAAGGGAAUUGACACCAUCACUCUGUCAUACACAUUUUUCAAAGCGAGAUAUGACGACAAUGGCGUUUUGAAGCCCAUUCAAUCAUGA